CCUCCUGGCCCAGGAGGCCAGUUUCUUCUGGCCUAGAAAGAAAGCUCUUGACUCAUGUCCUCCUCUUGAGCUUCAGAGAGUGCAGCAAAAUAAGUUGAGAGGGUGUCAAGCGUUGUAUGGCCUGAGGAUGUUACACUUAAGGGCCUUGUCUCCCUUUCUGGUUUCAGGUUCCUGGAGCAAACCUAGAGCUUCACCAAGAAAAUUCACCUGGGAAACCAAGACGGAUAGACUAUCAUUCCUUCAGACAGUAGGCAGAAGUCAGAGACCUCGGAUUUUUGCAACACCUGUUUUCCCUUUGGAGGACAUUAAAUUCUUUGGGAAGACAAAGGCAGUUCAAUAUGGCAACUGAACUGAAAGAACAGGAAGGAGCCAUUAUUGUGAUUUGGUGACAGUUCUUCAAACAACUUAAGGAAAGCUGGAUAAAGAACUUCUGAACUUUGGGGUUCAUUAGGUGAAAAACCAGCAUGGCUCAGGUAAAAAGUUCACUCUAGAGUCCUCCUUCAAGAUCAUUCACUGGGAAGCCUGUUUGCAAUGUCACUCUUGAAUUCUGCCUUAGUCAACAGUAUUGACCAUCCCCAGUGAGCCGAGCUCUGUGUUAAACACCAGGGGGAGAUCUAGAGGAAGGAAAGAAUACAGGCCUCCCUGCCUUCAGGGAGCUUCCAGUCAAAUGAAGGAGGAAUUUUAUUGAGCUCCUGUUCCAUGCAAGGCAUUGUGCUUGGAAUACAAAGAUGAAUAAGAUUGUCCUUGUCCCCAGCAAGUCUUCUGGCUUGUGAAGGCCUAGCAGGUGUGAGUUUGGUUCCCACUGCAGCCAGCAAGAAGAUGAUGCUGAGCCAGAUUGCCAGCAAGCAGGCCGAAAAUGGCGAGCGGGCAGGUAGCCCUGAGGUGCUGAGAUGCUCGAGUCAGGGCCACCGAAAAGACAGUGAUAAAUCCCGGAACCGCAAAGACGAUGACAGCUUGGCUGAGGCUUCUCAUUCAAAAAAAACUGUUAAAAAGGUGGUGGUAGUGGAACAAAAUGGCUCUUUUCAAGUAAAGAUUCCCAAAAAUUUUAUUUGUGAACACUGCUUUGGAGCUUUUCGGAGCAGUUACCACCUCAAGAGGCACAUCCUUAUCCACACGGGUGAGAAACCGUUUGAGUGUGAUGUAUGUGAUAUGCGUUUCAUCCAGAAGUACCAUCUUGAACGCCACAAGCGUGUACAUAGUGGUGAAAAGCCUUACCAGUGUGAACGAUGUCAUCAGUGUUUUUCUAGGACAGACCGACUACUCAGACACAAACGGAUGUGCCAAGGAUGCCAGUCCAAGACAUCUGAUGGGCAGUUUUCUCUAUAGACACGGGAGCCCUAGGUGGUGGGAGUGAUGAGAGGAGUCCACCAAAGAGCACACCCCUCUGCUCUGAUGGCCCCACCACCACUCCCUCUGAACCUGUCCCCCUUCCCAGAGGAGUGGCCCCAGGUGAGCAGAAGAGAGCAUCAGAGGACAGCGGCUCCAGAGCCUCAGCUCUGUAAAUAGUCUGUGACUCUGCGUAUCUCGGGAAAGUUCCUACAGCAUUCCUGGGCAGGGGAGCUGGUCCCUGGACCCUUAGCAGAGGUCAUAGGUGGGGACUCAAAGGUACAGGACCAAGACUGAAGUGUUCCCACAACCUUGGACUGGAACUGGCAGCUGAAAUGAAAAGGACUGAGGAGGGGCAUUUGUUUGUUCUGCUCUUGUUUUUGUUUAUCCAAAAGCAAUUACAGCAGGUAAACAGGGGACACAGGUAAUCUGGAGACGCAAAGUCCUUAAGCAAAGCAAGGACUGUGGCUGGUCCAGCCAUUUUUUGUUACUGUAGGCCUUUGGUGUUCCACAGCCCUACAUCUUACUUCUGUUUGAAAGAAAAUAGGACCAGGGCUGAUAGCUAAGCUUACUUGGACUUCUUAUACUCUAUGAGGACAAAAGGAGAAACUGGGGGGAGGGGGGGACUGAUCGGGUUGGACAAGAAGAGUGGGCAUACCUUUUUAUCUCCUCACGAAGAGCAGUGUUGUGCCCAUGGGUGUUCUCAUGAUUUGUGCACCACCAAUGCCUGAUGGGGUCAGCUCAAGUGCCUUUUGUAGGAAACUUGGGUGGGGUAGCCCGUGCAGCCCUUUUUUCUGGGCAGUUGGUCUUGGUUAUGGUUUGUGGCUACCUCACUGUCCUUGACUCCAAAAACCAGGCAGCAGUUGAACAGGGAGUCCUGGGUGUCAAAGUGGGCUAUCCCCACUUGUGCUGUCUUAGAACAGCCAAGGAUAAUGCAAAGUUUGCCAACAACUGUUAGAGGAGCAAGCAUGGUGGCCCUGAUGUGACUUGUGUGAAAGAGCCCCUUCCUGCCCAAAUCCUGCGACUGUAUUCAAGUAGUUGGAGUGGAAGUCUGGUCUUCAGUCCCAAAGAACACGGUCUUGGCUUCCUCCUUGAUAGGCAUCCCUAACCAACAAGGUGGAGGCGGAAGGAUGCAGCAAAGGAAGGACACCUAAUAUCUGUUUUAUUCUGGACCUUAUCUGUUCCAGACCCCCAUCUUGUCUACCCUGAAAAAGUGAUGAGGUGUGUGUCUCGGUAUGAUUUGUCAGUGCUGUGUGUGUUUGCUUGGAAGGGGUGAAAAUUAUUGAGCUAAAUGUAUUCUGCCACCAACUUAGAGGACAGAAAGCAUAGAGCAGCCUCCCCGCCCAGACCUGGAGGGUGCCUGCCUCCCAGAGGUUGCUGAGAACAAGGGAACUGAGAGGUUUUGUUCCAGAAGGAUUUUUUUGGGUUUUUUUUUUGUUGUUGUUGUGUAGAUGAUUGAACAGUGUGCUGCUUAGAGUGUGUCUAAGCCAAGGCUUAUGGACAUGUAUUUUCUAAAGUGAAAUAACUCCCUUCCCGAUAAAGAAAGGAUCCUCAAGGGAGGUUUUCAGAUUCCAUUGAGCACUACCCCACCCCAGGGGACCUACUUCAGGUGUAAUCAUGGAGACUGACUUGAGCACACACACAGCUGUAGCUGUGGGUAGGAAUCAGAGAUGGCAGCCUCCAAGAAGUUCUUGCCUAGCAAAGAGGGCCAGGCAGCAACAUACUGUUGGCUGUGGCCUCUUCCAGUGUGUUGAGGGAUGGUACCUCAUAUCUCUCGGGUUGAAGUACUUCAGGGAAAAAGAAGGGAAGAUGUUGUAACCUUCAACUUGACUCUGACAGCACCUGAGAGCCUUGGGUGAGGUGUCUGAGGACUGUUCACUGCCAUGUGUUCUAACUUCAUGCUGUCCCUACUGUUUGAUAUGCUCUAGAACCUGCGCCUCAGUGUUUGACUUACCAUGUGGCCCUUGGGCAUCUUUGUGCAUACAAAGCAGAUCCUUUCAAGUUAGCGGGUUCUGCUGGACUGGGAUUUUUCUGUCAUUCAACUCUGGGAAAGGAAACAUUGAGAAAGAUACCCUCCCUAAAAUGCUUUUGGGAAUGGGAGCCCUCCCUGCUGCUUGAAGAUGAUCUGUUUGUUGGGGGAGGUAGGAGAAUGACCCGUGUUUCUACAUGUAUGAAUGUAUGUACUGGGUCAGGGCAGGCCCUGCAGACCUUGGCUUCUUGCUGAGUGAAAGCUGGGAGGAAGAGAACUUGGGAAUGUAUGUACAGAUGGCCCAACCAGAGCUACACUGCCAAGGCCUGAGUGUGAGACUGGCAGUGUAGUUCAGAACAGACAGGCUCUGGGAUGAAGAGUAAUAGGACACCCAAGGGCUCAGGAACCACAUCUCUACCCCAGGGAAACCACAGAUGGCUGCAAAGGCUCCUGGGCCUGAUGCUGCAGCUCUACUAAGGUGGUGUGUUAGCACUGGACAGAUGUCUCAGGUGUGUGUAGAAAGGGGAAACGAAGAGAGGGGCAGGUGCUCUGAGAUCAAAAUGUGAAUGUGGGUUGGGUGGGCAGAGUAAUCCCAGUCCCUGGGUGGGCUCCCACAAUGCCAGCCCUGCCAUCGUGCCCUUGCUGGUGCCUGUCCUUCCAUCCAUCCCCACCAGCCUCCUGUCACCACUUAGCUACUGAUUGCGCUCCAUGGCUUGACACGGAGGGUUCGAUGAGUGGAGUUUCGCCACAGUUUCACCUCUCCCAGUUCCUUCCGUCUCUACUGUGGCCCUGGGCUUUUAUCUUCAAUUCCCUCCUACCAUGCUCCACCUUUUUUUUUUUUUUUAAAUAUACUUAUUUUGCUAUGGGGGAGGGGACUAUCAAAUGAACAAGAUCACUUUUAAAUGGUAGUUUUAUAAGAUGUUAUAAACUUGUAUCUUUUUACCAUUAAAGUGCAGUGUAUGUUCCUUCGUGAUAUAUUUAGGAUAUUUAAAUAAAAAGAAUGGCGCUUUUCUACAUUCCA